CGCCGUCUGUUGACUUUGGGGUCAAGGCCCUGAAAGUGUAAGUGUGAUUGCAGUGGAUAGGCACAUUGAAUGUGAAAGCUACGUACCACCCACGCGCACCGUGGUUCUUCUAGAAAAAGUAGAGGCUGAAAAAGUAGAAGAAGCUCAGGCUGCGAUAUCUGUGGAUCAAGGUGAUGUGUUUGUGUUAGUACUCACAUAUUGCACAUCAUCGGAAGAAGCUGGGCAGUCUCAGCUUUCAGACACCGCCUGUUGCCAGUCGGCACGCGCAGAGGGUGAUCCAACAUGUGAUCAGCAACCAGCAGCUCGGACUGUGUCUUCCAACCUUCUGGGGGCCUGCGGCGGCGGCCGGCAGGGCUGAGCAGCCCCACCAUGGCGGGCGCCCGCUCCCGCCGCCAGAUCGUCUUGUUCCUGGCCAUGUUCAUCUUCCCCUUCGCGCUGAUCAUGCUCUUCAACCAGCCAGUGGACACCCGGCUGGAGCGGAACCUGGUGCAGCAGCUGGCUGAGCUGCGCGAGAGGGUGCAGCGCGCCGAGGUGACCAACAGAGAGCGGCGGCGAGACGUCAUGAUCCUCAACCACCAGAUCGACACGUACAACGGAAAGCGGGCGAGCCGAGCGCCGUCACCGCCGCCGCCGCCGCCUCCGCCGCCGCCGGCGGUGGUGGGGAACAGCACGGUGACGCCGUGGAAGCCCACGGCGCCGGCGCGGUCGCCGCUGCCCUCGGCCGCCCCGCUGGCGCACGUGCAGGAGCUGAACAGCGACCUGGAGGUGCCGGGCUUGCUGAACUACCUGCCGCACCUGCUGGGGCACCCGCACGCGCUGACGCCCGUGCUGCACGUGAGCCAGGGCCGUCGCGACGUGACGGUGGUCAUGGGCCUGCCCACUGUCAAGCGCCAGGUGCAGAACUACCUCAUCCCCACGCUCAAGAAUCUCAUCGACUGCAUGAACGCCGAGGAGCGCGCCCAAGCCCUGAUCGUAGUCCUCAUUGCUGAGACGGACUUCGAGUACUGCACCCGGACGGCCCGCGAGAUCCAGAACAAGUUCCCGGUGGAGGUGGACUCGGGCCUGGUGGACAUCAUCUCGCCGUCGGCCGACUACUACCCUCCGCGGGAGACGGUGCGACGCACUCUCGACGACCCGCUGGAGCGCGUGCAGUGGCGCACCAAGCAGAAUCUCGACUUCGCCUUCCUCAUGAUGUACUGUCGGCCGCGCGGCCUCUUCUACGUUCAGUUGGAGGACGACAUCAUGACCAAGCCCGGUUACGUCACGCGGAUGAAGGAAUUCGCUCUUCAAAAAAUAACGGAGAAAAAGAACUGGUUUCUCCUAGACUUCUGCCAACUGGGCUUUAUCGGCAAGCUCUUCAAGACCGUGGAGCUGCUGCCCCUGAUUCAUUUUCUGGUCAUGUUUAACAACGAUAAGCCGUCCGACUGGCUUCUGAUCAACCUGGUACAGACCAAGGUGUGCCGGUUCGACAAGAGCGCGAAGAAGUGUAAAGAGGAGAAGGACAAAGUGUGGCUGCACUUCAAGCCAUCGCUGUUCCAGCACAUCGGUACACACUCUUCCCUCAAGGGCAAGGUGCAAAAGCUGAAGGACAAGCAGUUCGGCAAGGUGCAGAUGUUCGUGACGCACGUUAACCCGCCGGCGCGCAUCGUGUGCGACAUGAAGCCGCAUAAGCAGUAUACGCUGGAGCGUGCCUACAAGGGCGAGACGUACUUCUGGGGCCUGCUGCCCCAGCCAGGGGACCACCUGGAGUUCCAUCUGACGCCGCCGGUCCGGCUGACCGGCUUCUACUUCCAAAGUGGAAAUCUGGAGCAUCCAUCGGACCGGUUCUAUAACACCACCGUCGAAAUCAUACCCGAGUUCCGACCCGAGGAGCUUCUGAAAGAGUACAAAACCACGCCGGAUGGCUAUGUGAUAGUGGGGCAUUUCAACGACCAGGGCGUGGCGGCGGGCGAGCUGGCGGCCGGCUGGGGUCUGACCAAGUCCGCCCGGCUAGCCGUGCAGGCCGAGAGCGACAACUGGGCCAUCCUGAGCGAGAUCCACCUGAAGACGAGCUAGUGCCGGCUGAGGUCGAGUGCAGCUCGUCAGCCUCCGGACAUCCUCCCGUUCCGACUGCUCAAGCGGCGCGGCCCGCCGCCGGCCGCGCCCGUCCCUGCGCGGCGGUCCGGGCGAGGCCCGCUGUCGGUCAGGCGGCUGGGCCGAGCCGCGGCGCCGCGGAGGGCGGCGCGCGAGCGGAGGUGGCGGCCGCCCCCAGCCGCCGCACCCGUGAUAAGCAGUGCUGUACGGCGCCAACAGUGCCCGCGGCCGAUCCGCGGCUCGGGCGGCGGUGUUUGUACUUAGACUGGCCGUCGUCAGUGCUCGGCGAAGCUGUUCGUUCUCAUACAUGUUUGAAAGUGCCAUGGCGCCUGCGUGCGUGGUGUGUGUGUGCGCGCUCGCGCGUGAGUGUGUGGAGCCGGUGGCUGGGCGGGGCUGUGGCCUGGUCCGUGAUAUGGAAGACUGAAGACAGCCCGUACGCUCUAGGAGCGACGCCGCGGUCAGUGGUCAGUGGCCGCUGACGCAGCCCAACACGAGCUGUCUGUGAUCUAAACUAGACUAGCAUGAUGGCAAUCGCCCCGCUGGCCGGCGCUUUCGGAAGUCAAUCGUUGACGGAGUGCGACUGUUGGGACUGUUCACGGUUUGUCGGUAGGUAGCUUUGUUAACGCCAGUCGUCGGUGGCGCCGCUGCUGGCUUACAUGUAUAUUCUAUGGGUCGCGUGGCAAUAGUGGGGCACCUUAGUGUUGCCGCCCUCGGCGGAGCUCCGACCAUCUGUCUGUCUGUCUGUCUGUCUGUGAGUCCGACACAUCACCACAGGAGUGGCGGGCGCCAUGUUUGCCCUCCGGGCAUCUAUCAGUUUUAUGCUGCUUGCUUCUUUGCUUGCAACGGCUAUUGUCUCGGCAGUUGGCGUGGCGAGUCCGGUCCGUGCGUAAUCGGCCAAGCGAUUUUACGUGCAAUGGCUGCGCUGCUGCCAGGUAUCGGCGAGCUUAAUUCCGUUGCUAACUUCCAGCGGCGGCCGGUUUGUCUGAACGCUGUGACUCAUCGGUGAUCAUUUAUUAAUCAGAUCGUGCAUAGCGCCCCGCCGGUUGCUGCAGUUCGGCGCCGCCGUGUUUCCGUUCGCCCGCUUGUUAGUGCUUCACCGUGUUGGUACGGAUCAGCGGCGAAGCCCGUUCGUAUGUUGUAAAUUGUCCGCCGGCGUCGGCCGUGUGGUGCCGCGGCUGGCGGCGCGUGAGCGCGGCCGACUGCGGUGCUCGCAGCCGA